UGCCCUGCCCUGUCCUCCUAAACUAGCUCGGUUUUCAGGACUUUUAAAAAUGCUGAGGAUAAUCAGGCCGUGUUUGUCUCUGAGGAGUUUUGGGAAGGAGGCAGGCCGGCGCUGGCAUCGCGCUAGCUCCACAAAUGACCUCAUUGAAAACAUGGACAAGAAAGCCACCUGGGACAGAUUUUACACAGAGAAUAGCAAGGGAACAUUCAAGAAUUUUGAGUGGUUCUUUGGCUUCCAUGCAAUCAAAGACUGCAUCCUGCCUCUGCUGCAGACUGCAUCCACUACUGAUGCACCAUUAUAUGUUCUGGAUAUUGGUUGUGGGACCUCAGCAUUGGGACCCUGUAUCUAUAGAUACUCAGAAUGUGCUGUGAAGGUCACGUGUGCUGAUAUCUCCCCAGUGGCAGUGCAACUGAUGCAGGAACAUGCAGAAAACAUGCCAGUACAACCCUGCAACCCAUCCUCCACCCUGGUGUUCCAAGAAUUGGACUGCACAGAACUAGAAAGACACUUUGGGCCAAAGAGCCUGGCUUUAAUAGUGGACAAGGGGACGACAGAUGCAUUGGUGAGAUCUAAGAAAGGGCAAGAGAAGGCUGGUCAGAUCAUAAGGCAAUGUCUGAAGCUGCUGAGACCCUCGGGGAACCUGCUGCAGUUCUCAGAUGAAGAUCCUGAUGCCAGGCUGCUUUGGUUGGAGAAAGAGAGUCGAGGCUCAGAGGUGGCAGCUGAAGUAGGAGUACAUGAAAUUGGAGAGAUUAGAGGGGUCACGUACUUCUGUUAUCAGAUAUCCCCUUGUAUACCCCAACUUUGACACUGAAUAUUCCUGUAUGUCACUUCAACUACCAAAGUUUGUUGUCUUAUCAUUUUGGUUUCUUUCAUUAAACGUCUUUGCACAUUA